GCGCAAAGGAAAAGAUGCCAUCCAAACAGAAACAUUCGAGAUUAUUAGAAGAAAGCGACGAGGUGGAUGAGGAAGUGGAGGAAGCGCCCGAGUUGAAGAAGAGGAGCGGCAAAAGUGAGAAGACUCGCAAGAAGGACAAGAGUUACGACAACAAGGGCUCGGAGAAAGGGGAAAAAGACAAAAAGAAGAAAAAGAUCGAGAUUGAGAAGGAGGAAGGUGAGCAGAACAACAACGACCCAACCGCCAAAGAAGAUGCAAGUGAGGUGACGAAGGAGGAGAAGAAGAAGAAAAAGAAAAAAUCCUCCGCGGAGAACCCAGACAAAACGGACGCUGAGAAGAAGACCAAGAGCAAAGACGGCAAGAAGAAGAAGAAAGGAUCCCACGAUGAGGGAGGUGAACCUGCGGAGGAGGCGGAGGACGACGACGACUCCAAAAAAAAGAAGAAGAAGAAAGCGAAGAAGGGAUCGGGUGAAAAUGAUGAGGAUAAAAAGAAAAAAGUGAAGAAGUCCAAAAACAAGCAUGUGGACUACGCGGCUAUCUAUCAGAGCGAGCUGCUGAACUACCACACAGACUCAUCGGAUGGCUAUGAAGACGUCUACUACAAGAAGAAAGUCUACGAGGUGGUCGCCGUCACCGGUGACGUCAAGGGAGCCGGGACUGAUGCCAAUGUGUUCGUUACACUUUUCGGAGAGUUUGGUGUCACCCCCAAAGUUCAUCUGGCCAGCAAAAGCCGCACUGCCUUUGAAAAGAAUAAGACAGAUGUUUUCCGCAUCAAAACGCACAACGUAGGUGCCCUCAAGAAGCUAAGGAUCGAGCACGACAACACGGGCAUGAAUGCCAGUUGGUUUUUGGACAGGGUGGUGGUGACCGACAUGAGCCGGCCUCACCUGCGCUUCUACUUUGCCUGCAACAACUGGCUGAGCCGCGAGGAAGGCGACAACCUUUUUGUCAGGGACCUGCUGGGUAGCCUCAACCAGAUGGACGUACCCAAAUUAAACAAAUACACAGUGAGCGUGUUCACUGCCGACAUGAAGGGAAGCGGAACUGACGCUGACGUCUUCCUCAACAUCUUUGGAGAGCACGGCGACACAGGUGAGCGGCGGCUGGACAGCGACAAGGACAACUUUGAACGUGGCUCUGAGGACAAGUUCACCAUCGAGGCCCCAAACCUGGGCAGGCUGAGGAAGAUCACCAUCGGCCACAACAACAGAGGUUCAUCCGCUGGAUGGUUCCUAAACAAGGUUGCUAUCGAUGACAUCGGGAAUAAGGAAGUGUACGAGUUCCCCGCCAAUCGCUGGUUUGCUAUGGAUGAAGACGAUGGCAAAAUCCAGAGAGAUGUGCUGGUCGGCUCACUGCAGCCAAUGGGAAUCGUGUACAACGUUCAAGUGAUGACCGGGGACGUGCGCGGCGCGGGCACCAACUCCAAAAUUCACAUGGUCAUGCACGGCUCCAAGGGCUUAAAGAACAGCGGUAAAAUCUUUCUGGAGGGCGGCGCCUUCGAGCGCGGCCUCAUCGACAUCUUCAAUGUGGAGAUCUGCGAGCUGAUCAGCCCCCUCAGCAGGGUCACCAUCGGGCACGACAACGGGGCCGUGGGCGCCGGCUGGUAUUGCGAGAAGGUGGUCAUCUACUGUCCAUUCACGGGGGUGGAGCAGACAUUUCCGUGCGGGAUGUGGCUGGACGAGGACGAGGGCGAUGGACUCGUCGAGAGAGAGCUCUACGAGAUGGUUUCUCUCCGCCAGAGGAAGCAGAAGAAGUACCCGUGGUCCUUGUGGAUCUGGACCUCGGACCUGAAGGGCGCGGGUACCGACGCCCAGGUUUUUCUGCAGAUCUACGGCGAGAGCGGCAAAUCGGAUGAGAUCAAGCUGGAAAAUAAUUCAGAUAGUUUUGAGCAGGGUCGUCUAGAUAAAUUCAUGGUGGCACUGCCUGACAUUGGACGACUCUUAAAACUGCGCAUCUGGCACGAGAAGAGGCAUCCGUUUGCCGGCUGGCACUUAGGGCGGAUUACUUUACUGAAGACCCUGACAAUGGAGAAAUACAAGUUCGAAUGUGGCCGUUGGCUCGACGUCAACGAAGACGACAACGAGAUCGUACGAGAGCUGCCGGCGACCGGAGCGCUUUGUGGGGAGCCGCUACCAUUGACAAAGUAUCGCAUCACCAUCUGCACGGGCAACAUCAGCGGCGGCGGCACCGAUGCCAGCGUCUUCCUCAACGUCAUCGGCGACUUGGGCGACACCGGCGAGAGACUCAUGAUCAUGAGCAAAAACAAUGUCAACAAAUUCGAAAAGGGCAACCACGACGAGUUUCUCAUCGAAGCCGCGUCCCUGGGCCGCAUCCACCGGGUGCGAGUCGGACACGAUGGCCGAGGCGGAGGCUGCGGUUGGUUUCUCGAUAAGGUCACGGUGAGGGAGGAAGGCCAGCCAGAGUCAGUCGCCAUCGAGUUCCCAUGUUACAGGUGGUUGGACCGCAACGAAGACGACGGGCAGAUCGUCCGUGAAUUGGUUCCAGCUGGAGAAGGCCUGCGUCUCUUUAAUGUCAGCUACCACAUAGCCAUCAAGACAGGCAGCGUCAACGGGGCCAGCUCCGACUCUCGGGUGUUUGUCAAGCUUUACGGCGAGCGGGGCGACACUGGCAAGAUAACCCUGGCAGUUUCGGACAACGACCUGAGGAAUUAUUUUGAGACUGGUCGCACCGACAUCUUCACCAUAGAAACCUUUGAUAUCGGAAAGAUCAAUAGACUCCUCAUCGGCCACACCAACGAAGGCCUGCGAGCCGGCUGGUUUCUGGACAGUGUUCAGAUCUCGGUGCCGGUCCAGGGCAAGCAGUACAUGUUCCCAAGUCACCGCUGGCUCUGCAAGGACGAGGCUGACGGCAAAGUAGAGGUGGAGAUCUAUCCCAGCGAGAUCCUGGACUUGGAGAAAAUGAUCAACUACGAAGUGAGCGUGGUCACGGGGGAUGUGCGCACAAGCGGAACCAACGCCAACGUCUUCUGUCAGAUUUAUGGUGACGACGGCAAAACUGAAGUUCUUCCCCUGAAGAGCCGCUCCAACAACUUUGAACGCGGUACCACCGAGAUCUUCAAGCUGGAAGCUCAGGACGUGGGCAAGAUCUACAAGCUGCGGCUCUACCACGAUGGCAGGGGCAUCGGCGACGGCUGGUUCGUGGAGUCGGUGGACAUCAAGCGCCUGACGACGGCCGUGGUGCAGGUGGAGGUGAAGCGGGAGGACGGCAAGAAGGAUAAGAAAAAGGAUAAGAAGAAGAAGAAGAAAGAUGAAGAGGAGGAGGUGGAGAUGGUGGAGGAGCUGCGCGAGGUGGUGGAGACAUUCAGCUUCCCUUGCAACCGCUGGCUGGCCAGGGACGAAGAGGAUGGGGAGAUCGUGGUUGAGCUCCUGCCUGACGACAAUGAAGACCUCGAGGUGAACUCUUACGAGGUGCACGUGUUCACGGGGCAUCCGUGGGGGGCUGGCACCGACGCCAAAGUUUACAUCAACGUCUACGGCGAAACCGGUGACACGGGCGAGCGCCGCUUAAGGAAGUCCAACAACCUGAAUAAAUUUGAGAGAGGCCAGGAGGACAGGUUCAGCCUGACGGCCGUGGACCUGGGCGCUCUGAAGAAGCUGAGGAUCCGACAUGACAACAGCCAGGCUGGGGCGGGCUGGUUUCUGGACAGGGUGGAGAUUGUGGACGACAAGGAUGACACCACGUACUUCUUCCCGUGCAAGCGAUGGUUGGCGGUGGACGAGGACGACGGGCAGCUGGCCAGGGAGCUGGUCCCUGUCGAUGAAGCCUUCAUGAGGAAAGGCGACGACGAGGAUGACGACGGUGACUCCGACGCCACGCUGGGCCUGGAGCAGAAAGCCAUGUCCACCACGUACACGGUGAGGAUAAAAACCGGGGAGAAGAAGUACGCUGGGACGGACGCCAACGUUUUUAUGACGUUGUACGGUACUAAGGAUGACACAGGGAUCAUUAACUUGAAGGCCUCCAAGACGCACAAGAACAAAUUUGAGCGGGGGAUGAUCGACGAGUUCACCGUGGAAGCGGUGGACAUUGGGCCGCUCAAAAAGUUACGCAUCGGACACGACAACCGCGGGGGAGGCUCGGCAGGCUGGUUCCUGGACUGGGUGGAGAUUGACGCUCCUUCGCUAGGGCAGAAACUUCGCUUCCCGUGCGGACGCUGGUUGGACAAAGGCGAGGACGACGGCGCCAUCUCCAGGGAUCUUUUUCCCAAUAAUCUCCAAACUGAACUUUACAUGCCAUUUGUCCCGUACGAGAUCAAAAUCUCCACGAGUGACGUUUUCGGAGCGGGCACCGAUGCGGACGUCUUUGUGGUGCUGUACGGAAGAGAUGCCGUGUGUACGCAGCAGAAGCGUCUGUGCGUCAACAAGAGGGAGAGGAUGAUGUACUUCGAGAGGGGAGCCGAGGAUAUGUUCAUCGUCGAGCUGGAGGACGUCGGAGAGGUCAUCGAGAAGCUCCGCAUCGGUCACGACAACCGCGGGGUCAACCCGGGUUGGCACCUGGACCGAGUGGAGAUCCGACGUCUGCUCAGAAAGGGAAAGGGCUCGGAGACGGUCAUCUUCCCGUGUGAGCGUUGGCUCGCCAAGUCGGAGGACGACGGCGAGACGGUGAGGGAGCUGGUGCCCUCCGACAUCAUCACCGAGAAGCUGUCGCGGGACGGCAGCCUGAAGAUCAACGAGGUGGAGGUGGAGGACGCCCUGGAGACGCACACGUACAAAGUGUCCGUGAUGACCGGCGACGUGUACGGGGCGGGCACCGACGCCAACGUGUUCCUCACCAUCUACGGCGAGCUGGGUGACACGGGCGAGCGGAAGCUCAGCAAGUCGGAGAACAACAGCAACAAAUUUGAGCGAGGAUCUGUGGACAAGUUCACCAUCGAGGCCGUGGACCUGGGUCAGGUGUUCAAGAUCAAGAUUCGCCACGAUAACAGCAUGAUGAGCGCCGACUGGUACCUGGACCAGGUGGAGGUUCUCGAUGUGGACACGGAGGAGGUCUUCCUGUUCUUGUGCGAGCGAUGGCUCUCCAGGAAGAGGGAGGACCGUCGCAUCCAGAGAGUUUUCUACAUGAAGGGCUACGAGGGCGCCCGGGAGACCCUGAAUGUCAAGGAUAAGUCAACCUUGAAGAGCGUUGACAACAAUAUGAAUAAAAAGAGUAAAAAAAAGGAAGAGGAAGAAGAGGAACUCCCCGUCAUACCGUACCACGUCACGUUGUGCACCGGGCUGGAACGAGACGCCGGCACAACCAGCAGGGCCUACGUGAUUAUCAUCGGGGCCAAUCACGGCCGCACGGAUAGGCUGUGGUUGGAUCCGCCGGAUGGGAGGAAAGGCUUCCGGGCCGGAUCCCUGGAGAGCUUCGAGUGCCACGGCUCAGACGUGGGGGAGAUCAAAAAGGUUGAGCUCGGCCAUGACGGUGCCACUCCCGAGAGCUGCUGGCUGGUCGACGAGCUCUCCGUUGCCGUGCCAACCAAAGGGGUCAAAUACAUUUUUGCUUGCGCAUGCUGGCUGGCCAAAGAUCGCGGUGACGGCCUGACCGCCAGAGUUUUCAACGUGCUGGACGCAGAAGCCGUUUCCAUCUCCCAGAAAGUCAUUUAUGAGGUGACCGUGGUAACGGGCGACGUCCAAAACGCAGGAACAGACACCGAGAUCUUCAUGACGGUGUUCGGUGCCAACGGCAGCACUGAGGAAAUGUUGCUGCAGAAGAACGAGGACAGGUUUGAGCGCGGUCAAGAGGACACCUUCAACAUGGAGAUCGAUGACAUCGCCCCGCUCAGAAAGAUGAGGCUGCGCAUCGACGGCUCAGGCAGCAGACCCGAUUGGUUCCUCGAUACGGUGACCCUGCGCAACCUGACCACGGGGGAAGUAUCCGCGUUCACCUACGAGGAGUGGCUCUCCAGGACGCGUGGACCCAGAAGGACGAUGAUCUGCGAGAUGGCUGCUGUGGUGGACGAGGAGACGAUGGCGGAGCUCACCACCUACGUGAUUCAGGUCAAGACCGGUGACGUCGCAGGGGCUGGCACCGACGCCAACGUUUGGGUCAUUGUUUUCGGCGAGAAUGGCGACACGGGGACCUUGGCGUUGAAAGAGUGUAACCGGUCCAACAAGUUUGAGCGCAAGCAGGUGGACACCUUCCGUUUUCCAGACAUCCUGAGCUUGGGUGACCUCUCCAAAAUCAGAGUGUGGCACGACAACACAGGUCUGGCGCCAGGAUGGCAUUUGGACUGCAUCGACGUGAAGGACGAGCUCAUGGACAAGACCUUCCGUUUCCCCUGCGAUCGCUGGCUCGCCAAAAAUGACGGCGAUGGACAGAUCAUGAGGGAGCUGGCGUGCGCCAACAACGAACACUUGGACCUUGACGAGAAAACCAGGUACGAAAUUUGCGUCACCACCGGAGACGCGGCAGAGGCCGAAACCAAAGAGAACGUUUGGAUGGUGUUGGAGGGGAGGAAAGGUUGCUCAAAAGAGUUCUUCAUGGAGAACUCGUCGAAGAAGAGGCGUUUUAUGCGGGGAAACGUUGACAGUUUUGAGUUUACGUCCAAGCACCUGGGCGACAUCGUCAGCAUCUGCGUUGGCCACGCAUCCAAAGACGGAAAGAAAGUCAAGACGGCGCUUCACUGGCAUGUGGUGGAGGUGGUGGUCACUGAAAGAGAACUGGGCAACAAGUACAUCUUCCAUUGCGACGCGUUGGUCCCGCUGUCGGCGAAGAGAGAUGACUUUUUGACCUUCGAGUGCACCAAAGCCAUCGAGAGCUUUGCCAGCAAGUCCCGCGGCCUGGUGCCCGUCAAGUACGAGAUUAUCGUCAUCACGGGCGAUGAGAAAGGAGCGGGCACCGACGCCAACGUCUUCAUCACCGUCUUCGGCACCAACGGCGAUUCGGGUCGGCGACGGCUGCGGCAGAGGUUCCGCAACCUCUUCGAGCGCGAUCGGACGGACCGCUUCGUGCUGGAGAUGCUGGACAUGGGCGAGUUGCAGAAAGUGCGAGUGGAGCACGACAACUCGGGCCUGCAUCCCAGCUGGCUGCUGGACCGCGUGGAGGUCACCAAUACGGCCAACGGGGUCACCACCAUUUUCCUUUGCGGCAAGUGGCUGGAUACCAAGAGGGCAGACGGACGGAUAGCCAGAGUCCUCUACCCUAAAUACUGAACACGCAGUCUGGCGCCAUUUUUUUUGAUUCAGCCAACUGAGCAUUUACAUGAUCAAGAAUAUGGUGCAGGUGUCGGAUUAUUUUCC